AUGACUCUACUUACAACUGUGUUUCCCGUCUUCGUGGCGGUAGCAAUCGUUAUGCCGGCCCGCGAUGCGCACCUCCAAUUCGAGAAGUGGGGGCGGGAGUACGGCCCUGUCUACAGCUUGAUCCUCGGCACAAAGACACUCAUCGUCCUCUCGAGCGACAAGGCGGUCAAAGACCUUCUGGACAAGAAGAGCAACAUGUACUCUCAUCGCCAGGAGAUGUAUAUCGGGCAGACGCUCUGCAGCGGUGAUCUCCGUGUCCUCAUGAUGGGCUACGAUGCAAGAUGGCGCAUGUGCCGGAAGUUGGUUCAUACCCUCCUCAACAUUUCGGCUGCCAAGUCCUACGUCCCGUACCAGAUGUUGGAAAACAAGCAAAUGCUAUACGAUAUGAUCACACAACCCGAGCGUUGCAUGUACAACAUCCGCCGGUACACCAACUCGCUGACUACCACCAUGGUCUUCGGCUGGCGAUCGUCGGCGUACGAGGACGAGAAGAUGAUGCAGCUCUUCGAAGGCUUCUCCGAGUUUGCCGAGCUCAAUCAAACCGGCUUGGCUGCCCUCGUCGACUUCUUCCCCUGGUUCCCUUAUCUCCCUGAUUUCCUGCUGCCAGUCCGCGCGAAGGCAAAGGAACUGCACAGGAAGGAGAAGGGCUUGUACCUCGGCCACUGGCUGAAGGCCAAGGAGGAGACCAAGGCGGGCACCAUCAUGCGCUGCUUCAGCGAGGACCUCGUCGGCGCCCAAAAGACGGAAGGCUUCUCAGACGACCAGGCCUCCUACAUCACCGGCACGCUCCUCGAGGCCGGGUCCGACACCACCUCCAGCACUCUAUACGCCUUCGUCCAAGCCAUGGUGCUCUACCCAGACGUGCAGAAAAAAGCCCAAGCCGAAAUCGACCGCGUCGUCGGCCCCAACCGCAUGCCCACCAUGGACGACGAGCACAACCUGCAAUACAUCCGCGGCAUCGUCAAAGAAUCCCUCCGGUGGAUGCCCACCACCAUCAUGGGCGCGGUCCCGCACGCCGCCACCCAAGACGACUGGUACGACGGCCACCUGAUCCCCGCGGGCGCGGGCGUGGUCAACAACGUGUGGGCCAUCAACACGGACCCAGCGCGCCACCCCGACCCGCGCCGCUUCGACCCGGCCCGCUUACCGCGAACGACCGCCAGAGCCUGGCCGACGCCGCCACCGCCAACCCGGACCCGAGCAGGCGCGACCAACUUCACCUUUGGCGCCGGCCGCCGCAUCUGCCCGGGCAUCCCACGUCGCCGAACGCAGCCUGGGGGGCUUACGCAGGAGUUUGUGUGCCAGUCGGUGGGGUUUGCCGUGGCGAUCACGCCGCGGUCGGAGGCGAGGAGGCGGAUUGUGGUGGAGGAGUGGCUGGCCGCGGAGAGGGACCGGCUUGAUCCGUUUACGAAGCAGUGGCGGGUUUCGCCUUUGGCGGGGGGUGGGGCGAGGAAGGGGUAG